AUGGACGUCCGCUACAUAGACCUGAUUGAACUUUCUUUUACUUUUGUUUUUACAUUUUUCAUUUUUCUUCCUAUUGUUUUAAACGAUCCCUCGUUGUGUCAGAAAUUUACUCUCUCUCUGGACGUCUCUCUCUCUCUCUGGACGUCUCUCUCUCUCUCUGGACGUCUCUCUCUCUCUCUCUCUCUCUCUCUCUCUCUCUCUCUGGAUUGUCGUCGUUGGCUGGCUGUCUCCCUCCCUCUCUCUCUCUCUCUCUCUCUGGAUUGUCGUCGUUGGCUGGCUGUCUCCUCCUCUCUCUCUCUCUCUCUGGAUUGUCGUCGUUGGCUGGCUGUCUCCCUCCCUCUCUCUCUCUCUCUGGAUUGUCGUCGUUGGCUGGCUGUCUCCUCCUCUCUCUCUCUCUCUCUGGAUUGUCGUCGUUGGCUGGCUGUCUCCCUCCCACUCUCUCUCUCUCUCUCUGGAUUGUCGUCGUUGGCUGGCUGUCUCCCUCCCACUCCCUCUCUCUCUCUCUGGAUUGUCGUCGUUGGCUGGCUGUCUCCCUCCCACUCCCUCUCUCUCUCUCUGGAUUGUCGGCGUUGGCUGGCUGUCUCCCUCCCUCCCUCCCUCUCUCUCUCUCUCUCUGGAUUGUCGGCGUUGGCUGGCUGUCUCACACUCACUUUCUCGGCAAUAUCUCUCUCUCUCUCUAUCUAUCUAUCUAUCUAUCACUCACGCACACGUAUCGUACAUCGUCUCUCAACGAUGAAAAGGCUGAGUGUGCCAAAUAUACGGCGCGUGCAUAUUGGCGAUUGGUAUUUUUUCCACAGCGGACAUGUUGGCGAUUGGUAUUUUUUCCACAGCGGACAUGUUGGCGAUUGGUAUUUUUUUCUUCAUGGACAUGUUGACGAUUGGUAUUUUUUUCUUCAUGGACAUGUUGACGACUGGCGUUUUCACGUAGAACAUUUUGCCAACGGAUAUACUGGCGACGGACAGUUUUGA